AUGCUGUAUCAGCAUCUCUACGCACAAACGACUGCUCUAAGUCCCUCUGCUCUCUGCCUAGGUACUUUCCUCGUCCCUGGGCUCUGUUUCUGGGGCUUCAAUGGCCUCCUGCUGGUGGUGGACAUCACAGGGAAACCCACCUUCAUCUCCCGUUACCGCAUCCAACUGGGCAAGAACGAGCCGGUGGACCCUGUGAAACUGCAUCAGUCUAUCCGCACAGCUGUUUUCAACCAGACUAUGAUCUCUCUUCCCAUGCUGAUCAUCUUCUACCCUUUCUUCAAGUGGAGGGGAGACCCCUGCUGCCGAGACCUGCCCACCUUCCACUGGUUCCUCGUGGAGCUGGCCUUUUUCACCCUCAUGGUGGAAAUCUUCUUCUACUACUCACACCGGCUCCUUCACCACCCAACAUUGUACAAGAAAAUUCACAAGAAACAUCAUGAAUGGACAGCACCCAUUGGUGUGAUCUCACUCUAUGCCCACCCUAUUGAACACGUGGUUUCCAACAUGUUGCCAGUUAUGGUGGGUCCUCUAGCAAUGGGCUCUCACCUGUCCUCCAUCACUGUGUGGUUGUCCCUGGUCCUCCUCAGCGCCACUAUCUCCCACUGUGGCUACCACCUGCCUUUCCUGCGCUCGCCUGAGUUCCACGACUACCACCACCUCAAGUUCAACCAGUGCUAUGGGGUGCUGGGGGUGCUGGAUCACCUGCAUGGGACUGACAUCAUGUUUAAGCAGACCAAGGCCUACGAGAGACAUGUCCUCCUGCUGGGCUUCACCCCACUUUCAGAGAGCAUCCCUGAUCCUCCAAAGAAGAUGGAGAGUAGUAGUCUGCUUGGACCAUCCAGAGUGUUUCCUCACAAGUAGGAGGUGUGGAGACUGCCUGGGGGCCAUGCCGCCCUUAACAACUUGCCUCCUUUGGCCACCAUACUCUGAGGACUGUACCAUUAGGGUAAAGGGAAUGCAUGCUUCCUGCCGGGACAAGGCCAUGGUAUGAUCUGGGCUUCUCUCAAACUACUUCUCAUGUUCGUUAGGACCAGGAGUUGACUUAGGAAAGAAGAACUAGCUAUUUGGGCUGGAGGCCAUCCAAUGGAGAAAAGUCACUGAGAGCCUGAGGGAAAUCCUUGGUCCUCGGCUCCAAUACCCCAAAGAGCUAGCUCCCCUGAGGCCUAGGUUGGAUACGGAGAAUGGGGUGAUAGUGGGACUGGAGGCUUCCUGGCUCCACACACUUCUUUCACACCCAUAGCCAGGGCACCCUGUGGUAGUCACAGGCCACAUGUGUUGACAUGCUAGAUGUGGUCCCUGCUUCCUACCAAGAAAGCCUGGGUGACUUUUGCCCUCCAAAGAUACAAAUCCUUCAGAAGAAACAAUGACAGGCCACAAGAGCUGCUCAGUAUGACGCGCACCCCAGCCCCUGUGCCUUCGCCUGUUGUUAUUGGGGCUGAACUGGUGUGGGGGAAGACCCAGGUCAGUGCUCUCUAAACCCAAAAUAAUCUCCUCCCCCAACAAUGAGCCUCAUAGAACAGGGCCCAAAGGCAGUCCCAUCUUCCUUUAAACGGCUAAUCAGCAGUAAACAUGUCAGGGAGUAGGUUAGGUAGCAGUGAGCUUUUCUAGUCCAGUGUUCUAGAACCCCACCCUGGCAGCGCAUGCUUAGGAAGCCUGGGAUCCCAAGAACUUGGCAACUAGGUUGGAUCUGGAAGGCUGUCUCCACUACCAUUUGCUAAAUCUCAGCACAACUGUGCUGAGCUUACAUUUUCAGUUGGAGGGUUAGUCAAGACUCCCUAUUGUGGCUUAAAUAAAAUCCUUUUCUUAACACAGCUUGGUACAGCGGUUUGCACUAUAGUCCCAGCUGCUCAGGGGAUUUAGGCCCAGUUCAGAGGCAGCCUAGACAAACACAACACAAUGUCAAUGUCUGACCAGCCAGUUGUCUAUAACAGGACUCCAUCCUGUGGCACUGAGGCGAACAGAAGCUGGCAACUUAGCAUUCUGCAAGUAGUCCCAACCUCCUCUGGCCUUGGUAACGUGCGCCUUUACAUUCCUUCAAAAUGAGUCCACUCCCCCACUCUACCUCUGUCUCUGGAUGGCAGGCAGCCAUUUCCUCUCGUCACCCGAACAUCUCCGAAAUGCUCUUUGUAGUAUCAUCAAAAGGGGCAGAGACAGGAAGUAGAACAUGGAGAUUAUGAGGCUCCCUGAAGGGUACAUGGCCUAUCCCCAUAAGGUCUAAUAUUGGUGAAGGUCUUAAGUUCUCCAUAAUAGCAUGACAAAGGAGAAGCAUGUAAAUAAAGUCUCUAUUUAACUCCAGUGGAUUGUGUUGCUCCCUUCCCUGAUACACACCCUACAAAACACCAGGGAAGUAAGGCCACACAACUGAGGAGCCAGCCACCACAGCCUCAGAGGAUGCAGGGUCCAUGAAGGUCAAGGCUGGCCAAGCAUCUGGAUGCACUGCAGCACCAAGGGCCCUGCCUUAGGUAGAUGCAGUCUCUAAAAGAGGCUGCACGGUACACUA